AUGAACUUCAACAACAAAGUGGUAAUUGUUACCGGAGCGAGUUCUGGUAUAGGCGCAGCGAUCGCUGUCGCCUUUAGUUCCGAAGGCGCUAAUGUAGUGAUGGUAGGACGAAAUGAAGCUAGACUAGCAGCUGUAGCGAAAAAGUGCAAGAAUCCUUUAGUGAUUAUUGGUGAUGUUGCUGAAGAUGCAGUUAUUCGGAAAAUAAUUGACCAAACCAUUGAGAAAUUUGGUCAAAUAGACGUCCUUGUUAACAAUGUUGGUACUGCGAUCGGAUUGGGUUCUUUUACCGAUGGCGAUAUUAUAAAAUCCUUCGAUAACAUAAUGAGAGUCAAUGUAAGGGCCGCUGUUUUCCUAAUAACUUUGGCGACACCGCAUCUGAUGAAGACAAAGGGCAAUGUAGUCAAUAUAUCUAGUGUUGUUGUACAGAUGGGCACGGGCUAUCCAGGGCUCACGAAUUAUAACAUUUCAAAGGCUGCUUUGAACCAUUUAACUGUAUGUGCUGCAUCAGAGCUCGGUCCUUACAGUAUUAGGGUCAACACGGUCAGCCCUGGACCAGUUGUAACAAACUUUUUGGAACACUCAAAUAUACCUGCAAGAUGUGAAGACUUUACACAAAGAACGGCUCUAAACCAAAUAUCGCAGCCGGAGGAGAUAGCUGACCUAGUCAUCUUUCUGGCAGGCCCGAAAGCCAAAUCGAUUACAGGAUCUUGUUACGUAAUUGAUAAUGGUUUUCUUGUAAAACAAAGUUUU